AUGACCUUAAAUCUUUGUGUACUGACCCCUAAUCGAAUAGUUUGGGAUUCAGAAGUGAAAGAAAUCAUUUUAUCUACUAAUAGUGGGCAAAUUGGCGUAUUACCAAACCACGCUCCAAUUGCCACAGCAGUAGACAUAGGUAUUUUGAGAAUACGCCUUAACGACCAAUGGCUAACGAUGGCUUUGAUGGGCGGUUUCGCUAGAAUAGGUAAUAAUGAGAUCACUGUUUUAGUAAAUGAUGCAGAGAAAAGUGGUGACAUUGAUCCACAAGAAGCUCAGCAAACUCUUGAAAUAGCGGAAGCUGCUUUGAGAAAGGCUGAAGGAAAGAGACAAACAAUUGAGGCAAAUCUAGCUCUCCGCCGGGCUAGGACACGAGUAGAGGCUAUCAAUGUCAUUUCGUAA